CUCCUCUCUUCCAAAAAGAGAAAGUAAUGAAAGAAAGAAACAGUCAUUGGCAAUGAUAAUACCGAUGGAAAUAAAAAAGAAGAACAGAAGAAGAGAAAAACGCACCCUUUUCUUGCAAUCUAAGAUUACACCUGAUUUAUACCCCAAAACCUCCCUUCACCAGAAAUCUGACACACUCGCCCUCCCCACUCAAGAUUCCGGCCAUACCCACAUCGGAAAAAUGGCCUCCAGCUGCAUCUCCAGCUGCGUGGACGCGCAUGCACCAGUCAGAGCCACGUACGUCAACCUCUACAAGUGGCCUGAGUCCGACGCUGAGUUCGUUAGGUCCGUGACUCGUGGUUCUGCCCGUGGGGCCCACAGCCACCAGCACCACCACCACCACAACCACCCAAGGGUGGUCGACAGUUAUUCCUGCAGGCAGAUGUACCUGAGAAGCUACACCUUCUCAAGGAAGGAGACCGUACACGAGAGGACCACCAAGUGUUUCGGGAGAGUACGGAAAAAGGUGGUCUCGCAGGCUAAGAAGGAGAAGAAUCGUUCUGGUAGGAAGUUUGUGGGGAUGAGGAAGGUCGGAGAGAUAUCUUGCGCCGCUUUGUGUUCUAUCUUCCACCGCUUGUUAUCGUGCACCACUAGUGUAGAUGUUGUGGACCGUUAAAACUCGUGAGUCUGUUUUUUUUUUUUUUUUUUUGGGGUUUUAUUUAUUUCGAGAGAUGGGUGUUUUAAUUUUGUGGUUAUUACAUGGGUAAAUGGAAGAUGGGUUUUGUGGAAGAUGAUACGUGGUCCACUUACUUGUGCAGUAUAGAUGUGUUUUCAAUUCUGAUGAGUGGGCCACCCGUUUCGGUAAUCCAGACCAUCUAUCUGUUGAGUCCCAAUGUGAAUGUGGACCGCUAGCUUUAGGCAACAGAUAGAGAGGUUGAGAUUGAAUGGACCAUCAAAAUUUGGACCCUGCAAUCAGUGGCCUGGAUCAUUGAAUCGUGUGCCCCAUUCAUCCGAUUUUAAAACUAUGUGUACUGUGCAAAGAUGGGGUCCACGUAAUAUAUAAUUCCCUCUCUGUGUAUGUGCUUGUCCUGAGUUAUAUAUAUCAGAUUAAUGAAAUAAGCUGUAAUUUUAAAUUUA